AUGUCCGGCACAUAUGAUAGCUGGAUAUAUCAUCGAGAACCUUUAGAAGGACAACCUCAACAUUUUGAAGCUGAUACACAGGCCCCUCAUAUGAUGGGUGGUGGUGAUGCUGGCAUUGAUUUCAUGGAAAAGGUUUUGCGAGAUAAUGCUGGUUUGGAGGAAGAGGAUGGGCAUGAAGAUGAUAGGAUUCCUGACCUAUUGAAGGAUCUAUACGAUGCUGAAGAUCGUGCUGAUGGACAGAAGUCGAUGUUUGCUGAGUUGUUAGGGGAGGCGAAGCGCACAGCUCAAGAAGGGGGUAAAUUUUCAAGAUUUACCUUCACCGUGAAGUUACUCCAUAUCAAGUCUUUCUAUCGGAUUAGCAAUGCUGCAUUCAACGCAAUACUUCGCCUUUUGAGCUUGCAAUUCCCUGAUAGUUGUGUUCCCAGGUCUUAUGAUGAAGCAUUGAGCAUAAUCCACAGGCUGGGGCUAGGUUAUGUUUCAAUACAUGUGUGCCCAAAUAACUGUGUCCUGUUUCAGAAGGAUUUAGCAAAGCAUGACAAUUGUCCAAAAUGCAAUGCCUCUAGGUGGAAAGAUGUUGAUGGGAAGAAGUCAAUACUGGAGAAGGUACUGAGGCACUUUUUGUUGAUACCAAGGCUGCAGCGGAUGUUUAUCUCGAAGAAAUCAUCGCUGGAGGUACAAUGGCACAAGCUGAAGCGGCAACCUAUGGACAAUGAGCUGAGCCAUCCAGCGGACGGAGAGGCAUGGAAAGAGUUUGACAGUAAACAUGUAGAUUUUGCUGCAGAUCCAAGGAACAUAAAACUUGGCAUUGCCACAGAUGGCAUUAAUCCGUUUGGGAACAUGAGCACGUCUUAUAGCAUGUGGCCAUUUUUUGUGGUGCCGUACAACCUGCCACCAUGGGCAUUCAUGGAUCAGUCCAACUUCAUGAUGUCGUUGCUUAUCCCGGGUCCAGAGUCUCCAGGAAAGGAUUUUGAUGUCUUUAUGGAGCCCCUUGUAGAAGAACUGCUCCAGCUCUGGACUGGUGUACCUUCAUACGAUGCCUUGAGUCCGGAAGAAAAGUUCAAUCUACGUGCUGCAAUCAUAUGGUCCAUCCAUGAUUUCCCGGCGCUGCACACUCUGUCUGGGAGGAUCAGAGUGGGUUAUCAGGCCUAUGUCCAUUGUGACAAAGACCCUUGCUCAAAGAGAAUAAGGAGCAAGAUCUGCUAUAUUGGGCACCGCCGCUUUCUUCCCCGAAACCAUCGCUGGCGAAGAAGCAAAGAUUUUAAUGGUGAGAAUGAAACCUGUGACAAGCCAGCUGAAUUCACUAAAGAAGAGCUGGAGCAGCAACUUGAAAAUGUGAAAGAUGUGAGACCAGGAAAGCUUGUGAAGAAAAGAAAGCGUGAGGAAGGUCAAUGUUGGGACCGGAGGUCUUGUUUGUGGGACCUGCCAUACUGGGCUGAUCUAAAAUUAAGGCAUAAUCUCGAUGUAAUGCACAUUGAGAAAAACAUAUGCGAGAAUCUGCUAGGGACGUUUCUGAACAUUGAAGGGAAGAAAAAGGACACGGUUAGUUCUAGGCUUGAUUCGGAGGACAUGGGCAUAAGAGAAGAUUUGCAUCUACAGCACAAUGAAGAUGAAGAUUCAUUUGAAAUGCCACGAGCAUGGUAUACAAUGAGUAAAGAACAAAAGCUUGCAUUCUGUGAAUUCCUAAGAGCGGUGAGAUUUCUAGAUGGUUAUGCUGCUAACCAACAAAGUGUGUUACUUCUGAUGGAUUCAAGCUUUCAGUACUGA